GUAACAAAAUUGUCGUUAUAAGGUUAUUGCAUUAUAAAAUCAGUAAUAUGACCGAUCCGUGGCAGGAGUUUGGCAUGCACAGCAGCUCAAGGACCAGAAAGCAUGCAAAAAUAUUGCAGGCUAAGAAACGUGUGGCCAGAUGUAGGAAAAAAUUUAGGAAAAACCAAGAGAUUCUAAUGGAGCUCCAUUUAAGGAAUCGUAUAAAAAAGUUUAUCAUCGAACAUCUCGAACACAAAUUGGGAAUGUUAAAGGGAAAGGCCUAAAAUAUUGAAACAGAUCUACAAAACAAUAGAAAGGAUUUCAAUAUUUCAGAUUUAUUUCUUUGAUUCUUGUUUCUGCCAUUUAGUGUGCCAAAUAGUUUCUGAAGGACCCUAAAAAAACAUACAGAGAAUCUGUGAUAAAGUUUUGAUACGCCAGUUACCACAAAAUUAUUUUCAAACUCAGCUCAAUAAAAAUCAAAGCCACUAAGGAA